UAUAUAAUUUUUUUUAACAGUGCGUAGUAUUUCAUAUACUUGUACAUUUUUACACAAAAAUUAUCUUAAUUAAAUAUUUUGAAUGAACUUCACUAAUCAAAUUCUACUAAUUUGUCCAAAAAAAAAAAUCUAUUUCCUUUUUAUAAUGAUUUUAAAAUAAAAAUAAUUUUUCUAAAAAAAGUUAUGUCCUUAGUUUUUAUUUAUAAUGCUAAAACAAUUGAUAGUUAUUAUUUUAAUUCCAAUAAUCUUAGUUCAAUGCAAUGAUUCAAUACAUACCAAUAUUAAAGUAUGGGGUCCUGGAUUAAACCCAAAUAUUGUAUUGCCAGCUAGGUAUUUUUUUGUUCAGAAUUAUCAAGAUAAAUUAAAUGUAAAAGAUUUCAAUAUAGUAAUAACUGGUACUACCAAAAAUGGUAAUAAAUGUCAUAUUUGGACAAACAUAUUAGACAGAAAGGAUUCUUCUUUCAUUGUUAGAUAUAAAAUUUAUGAAACUUGUUAUGGGUUUCAAAUACUAGUUAAAUUAGAAAAAUCUAAUGAAGAAGUUGUCAAUUAUUAUUAUAGAGGACCCAUACAUCCAGAUGAAUGUGACUGUUUUCAAAUAACCAUAGAUAAUUGGAUAUCUAAUGCACAAUGUAAAGCAAACAUUCAUCAAAUUGAUAUUGAUUUAAGUCAGUUCAAGAAAAUCAAUUUUGAUAAUUUAAUUGGUGAAAUGGUGACAUAUUUUAAUAAAAACCCGUAUAGUAUGAGUAUUUGUCAGUAUGUGGUGAAAAAUAAUUUGAUUUUUAGGAAAUGCUAUGGUGAAUAUACUGGCUUUAAAAUGUUCAUGGACAACUUAUUACUGUCGUUAACUAGAAAGGUACGCUUACCUGAUAUAGAAUUUUUUGUUAAUUUGGGUGAUUGGCCAUUAUCAACUAAAAAUAAAAAAUUUCCAAUAUUUUCAUGGUGUGGAUCAAACUCUUCAAAUGAUAUAGUAAUGCCUACAUAUGAUAUAACUGAAUCAUCACUUGAAAAUAUGGGAAGAGUCAGUUUGGAUAUGUUAUCAGUUCAAGGCAACAUUGAUAAAGAGUGGUCAAAGAAAAUUUCAAAAGCCUUUUGGAUGGGCCGAGAUUCAAACAAACAACGAUUGAAAUUAAUUGAAAUUAGUAAACAACAUCCUGAACUCAUUAAUGCUUCAAUAACAAAUUUUUUCUUCUAUAAAGAUUUAAAAGAAAAAUAUGGACCUAGCAGUAAACCAAUAUCUUUUUUCAAAUUUUUUGAUUACAAGUAUCAACUAAAUCUUGAUGGAACUGUAGCAGCCUAUCGGUUUCCAUACCUACUAGCUGGAAAUUCACUAGUUUUCAAACAAGAUUCUGAGUUUUAUGAACAUUUUUAUAAUGAAUUAGUGCCUUGGGUUCACUAUAUACCAGUGAAAAAAAAUUUAGAAAAUCUAGUUGACUUAUUAAUAAAUAUGACUUUGCAUGAUAAUGAAGCAAAAAAUAUAUCAUUUAAUGGAUUCAACUAUGCUAGAAAAAAUUUAUUGCCACAUAAUAUAUUGUGCUACUAUAUGCUGUUAUUUCAAGAGUACAGCAAGUUAUUAGUGUCCAAAGUAGAAGUACGUGAUGAUAUGGAAGCAGUGCAUAGUUCAAAAGUGAAUAAUAGAGUGAACUGUGACUGUAAUGAAGCAAUAGACAAUGUUGAUAAAAAAUUAAAGUUAGAACUUUAAAACAAAAUGUGAUUUUAAAUUUUACUACUUGUAUUUUAUUUUUUUAUUAACUAUAUUAUACUCAACAUUUAAUUUUCAUUCAAUUAAUUCUAAAAAGAAAUAAUUCUUGCCAAUUAUUUUUAUUUUAAUAAAAAUAUUUGUAAUAUAUUACCUUAAUUUGUA